AUGAACACCCCUAGAGCCUUCAAUACCGGCAAUCCUGUCGUUGCAAGCGCCCCGCCGAUGAAGAAACAAGCUGUCGCCAACUACCUCGCCGCAAUCCUCGGCCACCUUUGCGUAAAGCUGCUCUGGCGGAGUGCCCUCGCCCAUGCCUCCGAGGUUAAAGGCGAGCUGGCGGUAUUCGGCCUCAUACUGCUGGUGAUAGUCCUUUUCAUGAUCGAUGUCCACAUACAGGUGUCCUUCCAGAACGUGGUCAUGCCGACGACAGGGUCCGGGGCGGCCGGGACCAACAAAGCAGGAGGCGGCGCCGCGCUCGUUGUGGCCUACAUAAUUCACUGCAUUCCGUUCGCCAAUUCGAUCCUCGACGUCUCCAAGAUCGUUGUUUGGGUCAACUUUGUGUUCAAUGUUGGGUGUGUCAUGGAGAUGCGAUGGGGAUUGUUCCAGAAGGUGGUUAACAAGAUCGCCGGCGGCGAGGAGGACGAGGAGACGCGCAAUUAA